AUGCCCGAAAAAGGCAGAAUGUCGUGGGAGCGGAAGAUGAACCGCUUGGAGGAGGAUGUGUCAAUGAUUCAAAGCGCUGUAGACAAGCAGCUUGGGACUUUCUACCGGGUGAAGAAGGAGGAAGAGAAUCGAAAGAAGCUCUUGGGAGAUCGAAAGAAGAGAGAUGGGCCAGAUGACCAGAUGCAGGGCUUGGCAAAGGAGAACAAGUCUUUGCGAGACUCGGCUUCUGCCCUGGACGAAGUCUUGGACCAAGCGGGCUCAAUUCUGGGCAAUUUGGUCAACCAGAACAAGGUCCUGAAGAAUGCCCGCCGCAAGCUGCUGGAUGCAGCGAACAGCAUAGGUGUCUCUCAGAGCCUCGUGAAUGUCAUUGACCGGAGACAGACAGGUGACAAAUGGCUCGUUUAUGGAGGGAUGGCCCUGACGUUGUUUAUCCUCUUCUCCCUGUGGUAUUUGCUUCGUAUGUGA